AUGUAUGUGAAAUGGUUUGAUACAGUAAUGUUAUACUAUGUGAUUUUAGUGUAUUUAGUGAAUGUCACUUUUUGUCAUUUUCAUAUUUCCCGCCGUUCCGUCCCCCUUACGUCCCAACGCUCGCAGGGGACGGAACCCAGAAGACAGAUGCCGGCAUCCGCCGGAGGACAUUACAGGGACACUGCAGGAGGGACAUCGCGGAAGCGCAGGACAAGGUAAGAGAAGAACAGAUCCUGGAGCAGCACCACAUGGUAUUCCCGAGUGUAGCUCGGGGUUACCGCUUGUGCUACACUCGGGAAUACCGCCAGGGAGGUUAAAGUAA